CCAGCCAGCCAGCCAGCCAGCCGCGCGAGGGUCGGGUCAAUGCUGGCUCCCAUGAAUUCCUUCCCGUCUCGUCAUCUCCCCUCCUGUCGUCCCGGCUGGUCAAAAUCCUUCGCGUACACACCCACGCGUAUUACCAUGUAUACAUAGCCUCGCCCCCGGCCCGUACGCGACUGCGAUAGAUCCCCCAACCCUCCCCGCCCGCCCGCCCGCCCUCCGCCCCGCCGCCUCUCCCCAUCCACGCCAGCAGCCCAGCGGAAACGCACACUGGAACGCCGAGGGAUCCACGAGCCGGGCCGCGCUGCGAGGAGCCAUGGAGUUCACCGCCGCGUCCAGCAGCAGCAGGCUGUCGAAAGAGGGGGACGAGGAGGAGGAGGGGGAGGAGAUGGAGGAGGAGGAGGCCUCCCCGCGUGAGAUCCCCUUCAUGACGGCCAUGACGGCGGCCGCCUCGUCCUCCUCCCCGACGUCCGCGUCCGCAUCUUCUUCAGCGGCGGCGGCCUCCGCGUCGGCGUCUGGGUCGGGCUCUCCCUUCCGCUCGAGCGACGGCGCUGGGGCGUCUGGGAGCGGGGCGGGCGGCGGCGACGUGGAGGUGAUCGACAAGGAGCACAUGUUCGACAAGGUGGUCACGCCGAGCGACGUGGGCAAGCUCAACCGGCUGGUGAUCCCCAAGCAGCACGCCGAGAAGUACUUCCCUCUGGACGCGGCGGCCAACGAGAAGGGCCUGCUGCUCAGCUUCGAGGACCGCGGGGGCAAGCUCUGGCGCUUCCGCUACUCCUACUGGAACAGCAGCCAGAGCUACGUCAUGACCAAGGGCUGGAGCCGCUUCGUCAAGGAGAAGCGCCUCGACGCCGGGGACACCGUCUCCUUCUGCCGCGGCGCCGCCGACGCCACGCGCGACCGCCUCUUCAUCGACUGGAAGCGCCGCGCCGAACUCCGCGACCCGCACCGCCUCGCGCGCCUGCCCAUGCCCAUGCCCACCUCCUCUCCCUACGGCCCGUGGGGCGCCGGACCGGGCGGUUUCUUCAUGCCGCCCGCGCCUCCAGCCACCCUCUACGAGCACCACCGCCUCCGCCAGGGCUUUGACUUCCGCAGCAUCAGUCCCGCCGCUCCGCCGAGGCCGCAGGUGCUCUACUUCGGCUCCGCGGGAAUUUUCCCGCACGCGACCAUGCCGCCUCCGCAGCCGCAACCUCCGCUGCACAUUGCGGUGCAACCGAGCCCGCCGGUCACGGUCGGCAUGCCCAUGGUCCUCGAUUCGACGCCACUCGUCAACAGCCCGACGGCGGCCGCGAAGCGCGUGCGGCUGUUCGGAGUCAACCUCGACAACCCGCACACCCACGGCGGCGAGUCAAGCAACGAUGCCAACGCAUUGUCGCUGCGGAUGCCGGGAUGGCAAAGGCCGACACCGUUUAGGUCGCUGGAAUUGCCCCAGCACGGUGCAGCCGGAGCGGAGUCGUCUGCGGCCUCGUCGCCGUCGUCAUCAUCAUCCUCCAAGAGAGAAGCGCAUUCCUCCUUGGAUCUCGAUCUGUGAAGGAUAUUUGGUGAGCUCGAUCGGGAGCGUGCCCAAGGAAAGUUCAACAAUUCCUUCUUCAGUUUGUCACCUUCCUUUUCUUCCUCUCCACCUUUUGCGGUUCCGUUAUAACAUUGAUAGAAGCCAGCAUUUAACAUUUCAUUUUCGUUUUCGUUUUGGCCAAUCAAAUUCUUGGGUGUUGGUUUGAGAAUUAUUAAUAUAUAGAGAGAAACUAGCGAAUCAAUCAAUUCUUCAUGAGUUCGUCUGGUUUCGAAUAAGAUUCCUUCAUUUUCGGUCUUCCCCGCUAUCCCAGUAUAGCUUGUGAUUUCUAAGUCAAAUUAUUUUCCUUUACUAAUUGGUUGGUCCGCAGUUUGGUUGACCAAUUCCGUUUGCCCCCACAUAUGAUAACACACCUCUAAAUUUGCAAACCCCAAACAGCAUUAAUACGGCCAAGAUCUGAAUCGUAUGAUUACGAGCGCAGUCUGAUACACAUCCAUCAUCCCGAACUUGCAUCAUAUGAAUGAUCUUCUCCUCUAGACUGAACCUUCAACGCAGCUCUCAGAAACAGUGGCGAGGCAAUGACAUUGAUGGCGGAUUAGCGAUGCAAGCAGCUGCCACCGGAGAAGCUACAUACGAGCAUUGCAGGUCAAAUCCUUCACUUCUGAAGAGAUCCUUAAAUUCCUGUAGUUUACUCCUCUUCAUUAGUACUGCUAGUCUGCUAUGUCGUAUCUUAUAUUUAUGUGCUUGGCCUUCUUGCUUUUAAUUCGUGAGUUUGCUGAUACUUUUUGUACCGUUUCAUACUCCAUAUGCAUAAUUAGAUGAUCGUAAUGGCAAAGAUCAUAGGGACUGGUACAAGCAAAUUUAAGGAAUUCCUGUCGCGGUUUUUACCCAACAGGGACUGUAAACUAAACCCCCAUAUAUAUAUAUAUAUAUAUAUAUAUAUAUAUAUAUAUAUAUACUGUAGGCCAAAUUAUACGUCUAGUUUUUUUUGUCUGGCCCUGGAGUGGUAUACGCUCCGAGUGUUCUUUAUGUUCUUGGCAGUCUGUAAAGAGGUGGUGCACUGCACUGGGCACUUGCCACUGGCCUUAACUUCUUUGUACGUCUGUUAAAAAUUUAUGGGCGGAGGAGGGACCUCAGCACUAGCUCGACUGUUGCUAUAACAGUAGGAACAGUGAGGUGUGCGUAUAUGCACAUCUCUUGGGGUAGUACGUCUUGCUCGGAAUUGCUCUCCCUUGUUGUCCUUUCUGUGUGAGGCAGUGAGAAAGACAAAGGCCUCUCUCUAUAUUUAACUUUCUUCCCUCUUCUCCUUUUCACUGCAGUGAGUAGGUACGUUGUGUACGCCUGCUGCUGGUAGCAAUGGGGGCAUGGCCACGUACUGAGUCCUCAAUAGGUAUCCAUAACUAGCAAAGUGUAGGAGGGGGAUCCUUUUGCACUGGCAUGGCCGGAAUAGAUAUAUAGAUGCUGUGCCUGAAAACGAAAGUACCUUUGGUCCAGUGUAAGCUCAAAAAGGAAUGGGAGUUAAUGGGGAAAUAAAUAAUGGGCAGGAGAUCGACUGGGAUUGUCUAUAUAUCACUAUAAGCGUGUUUUCUUGUUCUUCCUCUUUUUUUGCUUGCUUGGUGUUCACUUUGGUUUUUAUUUUGUCAUUUGACGUACUGCACUCACUCGAUACAGUUCCUUCGAGAUUAACUGAUUGAUAGUUCAUACGUUUAACUUACCUCGGGCUCGAGGUUAAUGCAUGUCUUCUGUGUCGUCCCUCUUACACUAAGCAUAAGUAUCUAGGCCAGUCUACAAAUCAAUAGUUGAUGUCUCUUGUAUAUCCUGGUAUCUUCUGGAACAGCAGAAAUAUACGUAUUAACUUUGGAGAAAAGCUUUAGCUACUUUGGAGAAAAGCUUUAGCUAAGGAAUACGAGUUACAAAAAAAUAUUGUUGCAUCAAAGAUCAUUAGCACCUCCUUGUCAUUGUCAAUACCUGUUGAUAUUGUGUGCUGUAUUAUGGUUAACUACACCGCAAACAUCUACAAAUACUCCCUCCGUCCCAUAAUAUAUAAGAUUACUACAACUGAUAUACUCACAUCUUGGUUGUAAUAAGAUCUUAUAUUAUGGGACAGAGGCGGUAUUACUUUUGGUUUAAUCACUGUAUAUUUCACUUCAAUUAGUCAUACAUUCUUCCAUUUAUUUGUUUACACAUUUAAUCUGUCUUGUUUUUUAAGAUUGCAAUAUUUUUAUUAUUACACUGCCAUGGUUCCUUGGUAGUACCAAAUACAAGAAUUUUGGCACCAUUUUUUAUUACGAAUCUCAUAUGUAUUCUCACUGCAUAAACAUGGAUGAUCUAGUCUAGCAAAAACCAUUAAAGGGAUUCAAAAAUCUUCAAUUUCUUAUAGAACAAUUUUAAUCAUUUUCACAUUAUGCAACAAAUUUUUCUCAUAAUUAAGUACUAUGGUUUCUGGCUCUUUUUAUAACCUACACAUCAUCUUGUUUUUAGCAGAUAGUAUGAUGAUUGUUCAUCCAACAACCUUCCAGCCCAAAUGUCAUUGUGCAUUUUUUUCUUUUCUUUUUUACAUUUCUGUUCUUACAGUAAAACUGUAGAAGCAUCUAUGAAGUAUAUGCAUGUAUGGUUUGCUAAACCAACUAGUAGGAUAGGAAAAUUGUUAACUGAAAUAUACUUAGUAUUUAUCACACACAACAGAAAAUGCUUAUCAGGAUCUUAUGGAGUUGUAAUGGCACAAUCCAAAAUAAGUCAUAUAUGAUCCAGUAGCUUUUUUUUGCAGAAUAAUUAGAUCCAGUAGCUAGAUAUACUUCAGCUUCGAGUGGUAUGGAUAUAUUAUUUUAGACAUCAAGGUUAUGUAGAAGACGGUUAUUUAUACUACCUUCGUCGGUGUUUGUGUUAGUCUUCUGUGUAUCAAUUAGUUACAUAUGUGAACCUUAUUUAGUUGCUGCUUGACAUGUAAUUUUUGUAAUUUUCUACCAUGUCUCAAAUAUAUAAUAUGAUAACAUACAUAUGCUGGCUGUGUUGUCUACUACGUACUCCCUCCGUCCAUAAUACUUGUCGUGAUUUUAGUUCAAAAAUUUGAACUAAAAACACAACAAGUAUUUUGGAACAGAGGGAGUAACUUUUAAGAAAGCGACGUUAGCUUCUUUCUCUUUCUGCAUGCACUUGUAUAUUUAGCAAAUCUAGCAGAAGCUAUAGGGAAAAUAUUUACACCCCACUAGCAAAAUUUGAGCUGAAUGCGAUUUAUUUAAAUAUCUACUCCCUCCGUCUGAAAAUACUUGUCCGAGGAAUGGAUGUAUCUAGAUGUAUUUUAGUUCGAGAUACAUCCAUUUGUAUCCAUUUCUACGACAAGUAUUUCCGGACGGAGGGAGUAUGUGAUUUUUUGUGUUGAAAGAUAGUAUAUGCUAAGCAGGUUAUUGAAGUCUUGACUAAUUAGCCACAAAAUAUUGAUAUCAGCGUGCAGUUUUUUGUUUAAAAAUAUGCAUCGAUUUUAGCACACAAAUUAAAUCUAGACAAAUGAAAUUGUGUUGAUCUUCAAACUUAAUUAGAAACAGUUGACUACACCUAGCAAUCCACAGUAAUAGCUAGCUAGAUAUGGUUCGUCAUGUUUGGUUAUAUUUGUGUCUUACUGUUAUGCAUAUGCUCAAAGUAAUUAGAUUACAGUUAGCACUAAAUAGAGCUAAAAUGAUGGUCAUUCGAUUAUGCCCUUAUAAUGAAUAAAGUGGACUUGUACUGGUGAGUACAAGUAUGAGGCUAUGUACGGAAUUCACGAAUCAACUUGUGUUUUGCUUUGAAGGAAAAAUGCUACUGUUGGCAGAAGGUUCAUAUGCAUGAUAGAUAUACUAGGAUUGGACAUCACGUUUUUGUUUUAUAUGUGUUAUCCUGCAGUUACUCUUGUAAAUAUUGAGGGGAUGCAUGGACUUAUGCGUGCUGUGCGGAACGACUAGUCUUCAUUUUCUGAAGCUGCAUGUGCCAUGUGGAUAUGUAUAUGCAUGCACGCAUCGGAUCAAUUUAUGAUAUUGUUUCCGUGAAACAUGAGUAAGACAUUACUUAGAAAAGUUCUACAGUUAAGUCUCCUGCUCUUCUUUGGCGUUUGGCUGACAUUUUAAGGCAGAAAACUGUGAUGCGUGAUGGCCGCAAUCAUAUAGAGUACUGGUAUACUACUCCCUGUGAAGUACACAUAUAUAAUAUCGAGUUGCAUUUGUCAGCAUAAGUAGACAUGAGAGAGAGAGAGAGAUGCUUCCAUGGUUUACGCAUGUGUGGAGAAAAAAAGAUAAGGAGACUGUAUGUAUUAAUUUCUUCUGUAGAAUCUGGUGCAGUGUAAUAUUACAGCGCAGUUAUUUUCAACUAUGCACAGGUUUUAAUAUCA